AUGGGCAGCCCCUAUUUGGUGACCACACACCGACAUUUCUGCCGGACUUGCCAGAGAGAAGUGGAGGAUGAGGAAAUGGUCGUCAAUGACGACGAGUUGCAGGUGCAUCUUCACUGCGGCACAGUUCUGGACUUUGAGGGCCUGCAACUAGAGACUGAGGGCCUCAGAGGACGCGACCUAUCGACCUUAGAAAGCAGCGCAGAUUGGUUUGCCGAACAGCGACGAAUCCUCGCCUCCUUGGAAGGGGCCUCGCAGCAACGACGCAAUGGUGAAUCGAAGAAGAUGCGAGGUGAAGACGCGCAGUCCCUGCUGCGCGAUGCGGCUGCCUCUGCUGCACCGGUGGUGUCUGAUUCUGGUGGUACGGCGCGGGCUGCGCAAGUGGGUGCUGCGAAACGGCGGGCUUGCGAGGAAGGCCAGAGAGGCGACAGAUGCCGUGUGAAGAAAGAUGCGCGUUCUGCGCGACGCGUGGCGGUCUUGAGUCCAGAUCCACUGACUCGGGCCGAUUCAUUCCGUGCCUUCUUGAACUACUUGCAGGGUGCCGAAGGUCCAACUGGAGAUUUGAACCCUGGCAAUUUCAUGGCAGUGCUGGAGUGGGGCGAGGAGUUUGGAGUCGAGCACAUCCGUGGCCAGUGCGAGGCCUUCCUGUUGGAUCCCCGCUGUCGGGAGGCCAUCGAGCUUUCGCCUGAUGAGGUCUUGGAGAUUGCAGCGCGCUACAACAUGCCCAAGCUCUAUCGCAAAGCCGUAGAGAUCACCGGACAAGGCAUGCAGUACAUCCAGGUUCCAGCACAGGCGAGGAACACGCGAUUUGAGGCGGAGGAUCUGCGGGUGGAUGUCUUGAAAGAGCACCUGGCCAUGGGCAUGAUGUCUGCAGAUGGGGAGAUGCGAUGCCGACAUCGGGCUGCAGACCAGAUGAUGCUGCCCGAUGCCCACGAACGCGCAAGAAUCAUGUGGAAGACCCGGCCGCGGUUUCAGAAACCCAAAGCUCCAGAGCCUGAUCAUGACUGGCGGUCGCUGCAUCUUGUUUGGCCUCAUCAUUCCUUGCGGGGUGAGGAUUGGACAGCCGUGGCACAUGAGAUGCAGCCCACACCAUACCGUCGAGCACGCCAAAGGAGACAGUCGAGCCGCGUAGAGAGUGAACUGAGUGAACUCGGAUCUCUAGAGACACCGCUCAACAAAAGUUGAUCUCUCUGAGAAUCAGGGACUCAGGGACUGCAGGUUCA